AUGGGUGCUGCUUACACUAUUUUUGGUAGAACCGUCCAACCACACAUCCUUGCUUUGGCCACAAUCGUUGGUACUGUUGGCGGGGCCACAUAUAAAAUGAUGGGAUCUUCUGGGUCUGAAACUUCUACUAAAGCAGUGGGCGAAACCCCUUCCAAAGCGCAGGAUUCUGGUGACUUGGACGUUGAAAAGCUCCUAGACAACUACCUGUCACAGUCGGAAAAACAAUGA